GCAGGCGGGCAGGCAGUGAUUCUGACUGAACUCCUUUCCUCCUGAACACACUGCUCAGACUCGGCCUUACCAUGUCCUGGUUGUUGGCCAUGUGGAUUAGCCUCGGCUUCCUGCUGCUGUGCCAAGCCACACUCUACCAGACCAUCCAGCAGCACCAUGUGGCCCGGCCCGGUCGCACUGACAUCCUCACCCUGGAGGGUGGGACGUGUGAGGUGAUAGCCGCCCACCGAUGCUGUAACAAGAAUCGUAUUGAGGAGCGCUCUCAGACAGUCAAGUGCUCCUGUUUACCAGGGAAAGUGGCCGGGACGACACGCAACAAACCUUCCUGUGUGGAUGCGUCCAUUGUAAUUGGGAAAUGGUGGUGUGAGAUGGAACCGUGUCUGGAGGGAGAAGAGUGUAAGACUCUGCCUGACAACUCUGGAUGGAUGUGCUCCUCCGGGAACAAAAUCAAGACCACAAGGAACACCCAGCCAUACUCCCCUUUUUAGCUUCCGGAAGCAAAAUGCAGAGGAUGCGUCAACAGAAAUUGAGCUGCAUUCUUGCUUCUGUAAAGAUUCAUCCGAGGACCUAACAGAGAGCUCCCUUUGCAGGGCUGAGCGCCAGGCUCUUCCCCUCAUGUACCCUUUCUCUUCCCACCGAAUGGACUAAAACUAUUACAUCCACGGCUACUGACUGGAUUACCUGGGACCACAGAAAGGAUAUCCACCCAGAUAAAACAGCUUUGCUCGCGUGGUGCCGAGGAUUUGAAACCAGACUAAUCCCCUGUUUGAUCAAUGAGCCCCAUGUUGGUGACUCUCCUCUUCCGCACAGCUGUGGCCAGUUUCCGACCUACUCUCUCUCCGUUUCCCUCACACCGUCUCCCCACUCAAAAACUGAAACAGCUUAGCAGGGGUUAUUUAGGGGUUGUUAAAACAUUAUUUGAAGACAUUCUCCGAGCCUGCCUGAAGGUGAAGCGGUUGAGGAGCUUACAUAGACCUGAACAUGGGACCCACAGAACUGAGGGCACGACGGAGGGGAAAUUACCUUGAUAUCCUUUUAUUUCUGUGCGGAAGGCAUUUGUAUUUGACUCUCUACCUUAGCCGAGUGGCUUUGCUGUGGCUGCACGGGGGAGAUGUAGCCGACAAACGCUGGAUUUUCAGUAACUGCAACCACUAGCAGCCUAUAAUAAGAUAAUGAAGAAUCUUUGAGAGGCUUUAGGUUCACGGCCUCUGCUUCAUCCUCCAUGAUGGACAUUUUGACUUUUCUUGGUGGGCAUGCCCAAUGUAAAUUUCUGAGCACUUCUUUUCUUUGUAAGAUACUUUGUGUAUAUACACACAUAUAUAAAUACAUUACAUAUAAGAUGACAGAUCCGAGAAGAUGAAAAAUAUAUUUAAGACUCUAUUAGGAUCCCCAUGGUGGAAUACUGAUUAGCCCCUGAGCAUAAUCCAGUGGCUGUUGUCCCAAUACGGUGUGUAUAGGACUGCUUUGCAGUGUGUGCUUGCAUUGGAAAAAGACAACUAAAGUCAUACAAAUAAGUUCUGGUCACUUUUGUCAUUCAAUGCAAUGUUGUUGGUUAAGCCAGAAAAAUGCUUGUAGUUUCUGUAAAACAUGAGGAAAAACACUGUAUAGAACUGCCUCACUAAAGAAAGCAGCACUAACUCCAACCCUCGACCUUUCCACUCAGACGUGGUAGCGACUCAGAAGAGCAGCAAGGAAAACUCGGAUCAGUUAGUCAGACGGUUAGUGUCACUUUCUGCUGUGGAGAGUGGUCAUGGGCAAGAGUGUUUGUCAUGCAGAUCUCCCUCUCGCACACCAGAGAGAGAGGAUUUGUUCCAAAUGACAGUGAGAAAGUAUUAGUCCAAAUGGAGAAACAUAGUUAUCCCCCAGUAGAUAUAAGUACAUUACAGGACAGCCUUAUGAGAAAUAAAAAUGGUUUUCUAUACUGA